AAGAUAUCCAAAAUGUUCAGACAUUCGAUUGAAACUUGAUGAACUUGACACCUGCUGCGUCUUGAGAGCAUCUAUGGGGCAUCACUGAUAGCUUUUGAACAGAACUGCAGUGCCCUCCCCCUUUCUGAUCGUAUCCUCAGGAUCGUCACACGACACAAAGGACCUCCCUCGGAGACAAGUACCGACUCGCGUGGCCCUUCCAUUGUUUCGAUAGUCCUUUGCAGCGCGCGUUCAGCUACGACAAGGGAAGUCUCGCGACUGUACUCUGUCUGGUGACUGUAGUCAGAUCAAGACACCAUCUAUGAGCCAGAGGGUAUUCAUUUGUACUACGACACUUGCACUUCGACCCUGCCUUGGCCGAGACCACCCAAUUCUCGAACGAUCAUGGCGCCGUAUCUUGGUAAAAAUUACAACCCGCGAUUUGUUCACCCAAGGAGCCAUAGAGCCCGUAUGGAACAACGCAGUAGCUCUGGAGUAUCCAUCGAUAGUCACGACCGACACGACCGACGUAACUCUGUUCCAGCUAAGUAUGAACAUGGAGACCUGAGCGUUUGUCGAUCGCUUAGCUUGGGGCAUGAUGGCCGGCAGCAGAGGAAUAAGCCAUACGACCGCCAGCAACCAGACCCCAGUCAAGCGACACAGAAUCUCAACACUCAUCUGAAGAUCCCAAGCGAUCGCAAAGGAGAUCAAGACCACGCUCAUGGCUUCGCAUCUGGCGAAACGGCCAACCAAGAUCCCUCAAUCGUCGCAAUUCCGAUCCCCUCGGUCGGUGAAACCCAACUCGUAACUGGGAAUCGAAUAUACAAUGAAACUCUCCAGCCCGAACUCAACUCUCUGCAGAAGCUCAGGGAGUUCAAACUACAACUCGAGGCGAGCAGGAGCAUGCUCGAGAAAGGGAUAGACUCAUACGAGCCAAAAUCCCUUGCAGUGAUGGCAGCAACCUUCCUCCAGCGACAGAGCGUCUCCACCACUGUGCCAGCGGACUACUCAUCGGAGGCAGCGGCCGAGGUCGAGGCGGACCUGGAUGCAUCCUCUCAUAUCGAGCAAUCAGGAUCCAUUCUGAGGGAUUCCCAGGAUCUUCGCGUAGAGGUUCUGGGGAGUCCGUCCGAGCCCGGAGAGAUCACGGUGGACAGUGAUUUGUCGGGCCAAGUCGGUGAUCGACAGGUUCAACUCAAGGCCAAGCUACAGAACAGGCGAGGCGUUCCUCAGCAUGAACGAAUCGCUCGGCAAAUUUCGACAGAAAAUGGGAGUUUUGACCAAGCAGUGUCUCCAACGACGCUAGGCCAAACUGAUGGCACUCUGACACUGGCCAAGGAAGGGACAAUUGGGAAGAAACAUGAUGAAUAUGGAUUUUCAAACUUUGCGACAUACAGUAUUCGUGAAACAUCAGAGCAUUCUUCACGCAACUCUUCUGGCCGGACGUUGUCUCUAGAGCAGAGAUUGGAAUUCGCCGACUAUCCAUCCUCACAUAGCCGAAUCGUUGUUUCCCCUGCCAGAUCCACUGUCUAUCAGGAUCCAAGCAGGCAAAAGUCUCGUCCCGAGGCACCUCGCGACAGUCUUUUGAGCAGGAUCGGCGAUGGAUUGGUAUCUCAGCAUCAACAAAAUGCCUUGACUUCGCCAACAAAGCGAGGAUAUGGCGGUCGGCGUGCUGAUGCUCAUCGAAGAAGCUCAUCACCACAGAAGCAACUGUGUGGUCGAAGAUCUGAUCAUGGCGUGCCACAUAGAGACGAUAUACAGAGACCCAAUGCCCAAACGAGGCCUUCUGUUGCGGAUCAAGAGAUUCUGACUACCCUUGCGGGUCUCAAAGCACAAAUUGCCAAAUCGGAGGCACAGCUCUCAACUCCUGCUCAGCUUGCAAGUCCCGUCAGGAUUGUCCAGCCGAAUUGCGUGGCUCGGCCGUACGAUGCCAGACCUCACCCUGCGUCACCGUAUAAGUCGUCGCUUCCACGACAUGAGACCAGCCACGCUGACGAGGUUGGGCAGAGGGAGCAUCAGAUGUACAGCAGCGCGAGAUCUCCCGUCAGACAUUCACCAUAUCCUCUGUCCCCUCGCAGACCAUCGAAUUCAGAUUGGAGGGAUCGGGAUCGACGACCGAGCCCUGACCGCGAGAGUGUACUACCUCCUUGGAAACGCGAGUCCAAGGGAUCCCAUUCGACAGCCUACAGUCGAGACGAUACAAUGAGGAGGAGGGAUGACGAUCGACAUGUGGGGUACAAAGUCUUCAGACGAGACUCAGAGUAUUCGUUUGAUCUUGACUAUGGACGUCAAGGAUCUUCAGGGGAUGACGUCGGACGACGAAAGUCGUCCAGUGGUGGAAGUGCUGGAAGUCGUGGUGGACGCGGACGAGGCAGGGGAGGAUCCUCGAAUCGUGGACGAGGAGCGAGAUUUGAUGGACCUGCCAGGUUUUGAGCCUCGAACAAGCGACAAAUCAUCUCAGAAGGCUCACGGUAACGGUAUUUGCAUUUCCCGGAUACAUGAUAGCAUUGUAAAGCAGAGAUCUCGCAUCAUGCACAUUCAUGCC